CUUGCAGGCACCUCAUAUGAGCUGAGAUGAUAGGGGCGGCUAUGGAUUCUCCGGUGGGAGGAGCUGCCCACGAGGUAUGUGGCAUACUGGAUGCUUAUAAAAGGCCGGCGGCAAUUGCUGUGAUCGGUUGAUACCAAGCAGAGAGACACUUGCAAGAUAGCUUCUCACCAUGCCUGCUCUUUCCAUCCUCGCUCUCGCCCUCGCCCCGUUGCUGGUCAACGGCCAGCUCUCCGGUAGCGUCGGUCCGCUCACUUCGGCACACUCGAAGGCUGCGACCAAGACGUGUAACAUCCUGGACUAUGGUGCUGUGGCGGACAACUCCACCGACAUUGGGUCUCCCCUCUCAGAAGCCUGGGAUGCGUGCUCGGAUGGAGGUCUGAUCUAUAUUCCUCCUGGUGACUAUGCGAUGGAUACCUGGGUGUCUCUGUCAGGAGGCAAGGCGACCGCCAUCAUCCUGGACGGUACUAUUUACCGUACUGGCACCGAUGGAGGUAAUAUGAUUCUGGUGGAGAAUUCUUCCGACUUUGAGUUGUACAGUAACUCGUCCUCUGGUGCCGUCCAGGGAUUCGGAUAUGUGUACCACCGGGAGGGCGAUCUUGAUGGGCCACGGAUUUUGCGACUCCAGGAUGUGAGCAACUUCGCGGUGCAUGAUAUCAUCCUCGUGGACGCGCCAGCCUUCCACUUCGUCAUGGACGACUGCUCCGAUGGAGAAGUGUAUAACAUGGCUAUCCGGGGUGGUAAUUCGGGCGGCUUGGAUGGGAUUGAUGUGUGGGGUAGCAACAUCUGGGUUCACGACGUUGAGGUGACCAACAAGGAUGAAUGUGUCACGGUCAAGAGCCCUGCCAACAAUAUCCUAGUGGAAAGCAUCUACUGCAACUGGAGUGGAGGUUGUGCGAUGGGUUCUCUCGGCGCUGACACCGAUAUCACUGAUAUUCUGUACCGCAACGUUUACACCUGGAGUUCCAACCAGAUGUACAUGAUCAAGAGCAAUGGCGGUAAUGGGACAGUCAAGAACACCCUUCUGGAGAACUUUAUUGGACACGGCAACGCCUAUUCUCUGGAUGUUGACAGCUACUGGAGCAGCAUGACAGCCGUGGAUGGCGACGGCGUGGAACUGAGUAACAUCACAUUCAAGAACUGGAAGGGAACGGAGGCGGAUGGUGCCGAACGCGGGCCCAUCAGGGUGGUAUGCUCGGACACGGCCCCUUGCACCGACAUCACCAUCGAGGAUUUUGCCAUGUGGACCGAAAGCGGCGAUGAGCAGACCUACACCUGCGAGUCGGCGUAUGGUGAUGGAUUUUGCCUCGAAGACAGCGAUUCCACCACCUCGUACACGACCACCCAGACUGUCACCACGGCGCCCUCAGGAUACUCGGCCACCACGAUGGCCGCGGAUCUCACCACGGACUUUGGCACGACCGCGUCCAUCCCCAUCCCUACCAUCCCGACUUCCUUCUAUCCCGGCGUGACGGCGAUCAGUCCCUUGGCAUCGGCUGCCACGACGGCUUGAAUUCGAG